AUGCUGGUAAAGGCCCUGAGCCGUCUGCUCCUGUCCACCCUCCUCUUCUACCCUGCCAUCACCAUAGCCAGCAACCACCAUGCCCACCAGCACCAGCACACCCAGCGCGGCACCUCCAACAACAACAACAACAACGCCACCGAAUACGACUACAUAAUCGUCGGCUCCGGCGCAGGCGGCGGCCUCCUCGCCGCGCGCCCCGCCCCAGGCGGGUACAGCGUCCUCCUCCUCGACGCAGGCGACGACCAAGGCGAGGCCCUGCACCAGCAGAUCCCCGCGCUGCAGCUACACGCGACGCAGUACGAGCCCAUGCAGUGGGACUACUUCGUCAACCACUACGACAACCUGACGCGCCAGGAGCAGGACAGUAAGAUGGUGUACCGCCGGCCUGACGGCGAGCUACACACGGGCGCCAAUCCACCGGAGGGCUCGGAGCCGUUGGGGAUUCUGUAUCCCCGUUCUGGCACGCUGGGCGGGUGUACGGCGCAUAAUGCCAUGAUAACGAUCUACCCCUACGAGCGAGACUGGGAUGACCUGGCGGCCCUGACUGGCAACGAGACGUGGUCGGCCGACAAUAUGCGCGGGUACUUCCAGCGUCUCGAGGAUAACCGCUACGCACCGAGUGAUAUUGUCUCGCAUGGAUUUGGCGGGUGGCUGCAGACCAGUCUGACUCAGCUAACCCUCGUCGUCGAGGACAUGAAGCUGCUGUCGCUGGUCAUCGCUGCAGGCACUGCAAUGGGGCAGAACCUCGUCGGUAAGGUUCUCAACACCGUCACCGGACUGGCGGGCAUUCUCCUCCGUGAUUUGAACACUGACAUUGCUGGCCGUGAUAGGCAAGAGGGCCUCUUCCAGGUCCCGCUUGCUGUCAAGGUGCCUGACUACAAGCGUACCGGGCCACGGGACUUCCUGCUCGAUACCGUGGACGAGGGAUAUAAGCUCGAUAUCCAGCUCACGACGCUCGUAACCAAGGUCCUCUUCGACACGUCCGGUUCAAUCCCCCGCGCCAUCGGCGUCUACUACCUCCAAGGUCAGAGCCUCUACCGCGCCGACCCCCGCGCCUCCUCCUCCUCAAACGGAACCCCCGGCAGCGCGUACGCAAAGAAAGAAGUCAUCCUGUCCGCAGGAACAUUCAACACCCCCCACCUGCUCAAACUCAGCGGCAUCGGCGACAGAGCGGAACUAACAAAACAUAACAUCAAACCCCUCGUGCACCUCCCAGGCGUAGGCAAGAACAUGCAAGACCGCUACAAAACGUCCAUAAUCGGCAAAUCCCCCACCGACUUCGCCCUGACCUCAAAAUGCACCUUCCUCUCCCCAACCCCCGACAACGACCCCUGCUACACCAACUGGGCGAACGGCCUCGGCGGCAGUCUCGCGUACAAGGGCACAUACAGCACAAACGGCAUCGCCAUCGCAAUCCUCAAGAAAUCCGCCGUCGCCGAACACGACGAGCCAGACCUCCUUAUCACCGGUGCGCCGGGGAAUUUCCCCGGCUACUACCCUGAUUUUCCGGCGUCGCUCUCGGCGACGCCCAGCACUGGGCGUGGAUCGUGCUGA